AGUAUUAAUAUUAAUAUAAUUAUGAAAUUAUUCUUAAAGGCGGAGAAGAAUACAUUGGCGGAUGCUCUGCGUGAGAGUGAGGCAGAAGUGCGCCGGUUACGCGGAGAGCUGAGUGGUCGUGAAGAUGUAGUGCGCCGGCUUGAGGAGCAGAAUAGCUUGCUGGUCAGACGAGCUGAACAAAGAUCUCAGGAACUACAAUCUGCCAGAUCUGAGUUGACCAGCUUGAAGGAACGGGCUCGUGAAAUGUUGCUAGCUCAGGGUGCUGAGCUUAGUAGAGCUAGUUUAGCCGUUUCUCAGAUAUAUUCUAAACUUGAUCUUUACUUCCCGGGAUCUCAGUGUGAGAUGGAGGAUGAUGAGGAGAAUAGUUCUAGUGACUCAAGGUCCGAGGGUCUAGAGCUAGGGUUGGAACUAGGACUGGAGAAGGGGAGACGAUCCUCUCAGUUCCUUGUUACUCCGACAGAGAACCUGGAUACCCUCAGUGAUUUUUCCAGAGCUAUGAUGUCUGCUAGCACAGGGUCUGAUACUCUAGGUGAUAAUGGAACUUCCAUAAGUUCUCUAGCGCUAGCCAUCGCUGAUAGAAAACAUUCAGAAUCACAUGGACAGAUCGGAGCAGAACAUGUUCCGUCCCUCGCUGAUCAGGUUUAUCAGUUAGAUCUUGUUAUCUCCAAGAUACUCUCUACACAGCAGCAGUCUUCAACCACACACCAGGAGAUUCCUAGACCCAACCUGAACCUGGAGGAGACAAGGUUUCAGGGGGAGAACCUGGAGAACUUGAACCUGGAAGAGACCAAAACUAUCAUCCUAGAACAGAAUAAGGCCCUGGCACAACUUAGAAACAUGAUGGAGUCCAGAGAGGAGUCCCAGCAGGAAAUGAAGAAUAAGUUCAUUAAGAACCGGGAGAUCCUGACCUCGAACUGGGAGCAGGCCGAGGAGGAGGUCAGGAAGAUCGACGAGAUCUACCACCAGACCGUCAACAGGGUCAUCAACACUCUCAAGGACCUACCGGAGAUAGUAGACUCUAAUCCGAACCUAGGGAACCUCAUGAGAACCCUACUCCAGGAUGAUGCAUUGAACAGUGCGGACGGAGUCAACGGUAAUCUUGGAGUAGGAAAAACUAGGAAAUCUGAUAAUGCGCUUACCCGGAGUCUUGCAGAUGAAACUCCAUCAAAUACCUUCCAGAAUUCAAGGAACAUGAGCCAGAGUCUGUUCCUUGAUGGUCUUGUUCCAGUAGGAAUGAGAACAGGAGUUUUCAGUGAACCAUGUUUGGCUAAAUCUCCUUUAGGUAGUGUUCCAUCCAUCCUCUCCAGUCCUAGGAUACAGGAGGAGGAUCUAAAUGCAAACCAAUCCCUUUAAAUCUACUAAACAGUUCUUUAUAAUCCACCGAACAUUACAACACCUUCAGAAUAUACCAAACAAUAAAACAAUCUCUUUAGGUUCAAAUAAUACUUGAAUCUACUAAAUCUACCAAAUUAUUCCUUGUAAAUCUACCAUAAAAGUCGCUUCAAAUCUGCCUAAUAAUUUUAUUAGAAUGAACCAAAUAAUCCAGUUUGAAACUACCUGAUAAUAAUCUACCAAACAAACUCUGUUUAUUUUUGAGUUGUUGAAAACUGUUAACCAACGACCAAUCGAAUUCUAUCUAGUAACUAGUAAAUAGAAUUUAGAUUUAUUUGAUAUUAAAAAAAUUAAUCUAGUGUACGUCACAAGCGUUCUUUGUUUUUCAACCAAACUCUAAAUGCAACAUAGCCCAAAACAAUCAAAAAAUAAUUUUAUUCUUUUGCAAAUCUCAUUUAAAAUAGAUCUAUGAAAAUUAAAAUAACUGCAUUAUAAAUUAAUUGUAAGUUUAUAUUGGAAUCCAUCAAAAACUUUAUAUUUUUACUUGAACAUCAAAGAAAAUGUCAUGGUGAAGAAUUUACUUUGCAUUAUUAAAGAAAAUGUUUGAAUAUGCUUGAAUAUGCUUGAUAUUAUGCACAAAGCAAAGCCUAGCUCACAAACCCAAGAAAAGACAACUUGAGAUG